AUGUCGGUCGAGACGAGCACUCACUGGUGUUACACUUGCGACGACACAAUCACACUGCAAAAUCGAGCCGUGGCUUGCCCCGAUUGUGGGGGCGGUUUCAUUCAAGAACUCGACUUCUCGGUCAGCCCGAACGCUGCCAGGGACCUGCCUGAGAGACCUCGGUUCAUGGAGGCCAUCUCCAAUUUCCUCCGGCAACAACAGUCUGCCCGAAGAAACCCCAACCGGGACCCGCCUCUUCCGACCGGCAACUCGUGGAGCUCGUUUCUCGAGAAUUUCGAGCUGGGGUCUCGUGUGAAGAAGCUCCCAUGCAAGCAUUUCUACCACUCGGAUUGUAUAGUCCCAUGGCUCGAGCAAAGGGGCUCGUGUCCCGUUUGCCGCCAGGUGUUGAUCGGUCGGGGGAAUGGAGCAGAGGACACGAGGGAGCGUGAUGGGAGACAGAGGAGAAGGAGAAAGAGAUGGUCGUUUUUAUGGCCAUUUGGUUCGUCUCGAUCGGGUUCGAGCAGUAACGAGACGGGCGAUGUUAGCCCAGUUGCGUAUCGUCAAGAUAGUCACGACUACAAUGGGUAUGCAGAAAAUUGGCCUUUUGAAUAA